AUUGAAACAAAGAAUGCGAUAGCAGAACUGCUAAAACUAAAGGGGCAAUAUAAAGAAGAAUUCGGCGAGGAAUAUACACCAGCUGCUGCUGACGCUAUAAAAGAUCGAAAGGAUGCUACAACGGUUGCUACGGAAAAAACCAAAAAAGCAGGCCACAAGAAAUCGAAAGUCGAAAAAUCGGAGCCGGAAAUUGCAACACCCACAAAUGCACCUGAAGUCAAGAAACAAACGAAAUUGGGCCUUGAUGUAAAAAAGCAGGAAAAUGUUGCGGAUUGGUACACGCAGAAUUUCUUUGACAAGGAGAUCAAAAAACUGGGCGUACGCAACUGUUAUUUUCCAAUGUUUGUCUCACAAAAUGCAUUGGAAAAGGAGAAGAAGCAUAUUGCUGAUUUUGCGCCUGAGGUGGCGUGGGUAACUCGAGCUGGUAGUUCGGAGCUGAGCGAACCGAUUGCAAUACGUCCAACAAGUGAGACGGUGAUGUAUCCAAGCUAUGCGAAAUGGGUGCAGUCUCAUCGUGAUUUGCCAAUUCGACUAAAUCAGUGGUGCAAUGUUGUGCGCUGGGAAUUCAAACAUCCGACUCCAUUUCUGAGGACACGCGAGUUCUUGUGGCAGGAGGGGCAUACAGCGUUCCAAACGGCGGCAGAAGCUGAGGAGGAAGUGUUUACAAUUCUCGAUUUGUAUGCUAAAGUUUACACUGAUCUUCUGGCUAUACCAGUCACCAAAGGCCGUAAAUCGGAAAAAGAGAAAUUUGCUGGUGGUGAUUUUACAACAACCGUUGAAGCAUUCGUUCCAGUCAAUGGGCGAGGCAUUCAGGGCGCGACAUCUCAUCAUCUCGGACAGAAUUUUUCCAAAAUGUUCAAUAUUUCCUUCGAAGAUCCUGAAACUGGAAAAAGAUCAUUUGCCUGGCAAAAUAGUUGGGGUAUGACAACGAGGACAAUCGGUGCGAUGAUAAUGAUACAUGGUGAUGACAGUGGACUGGUGCUGCCACCCCGGGUUGCGCCUCUUCAAGUGAUUGUGAUACCGGUUGGAAUCACAGCACAAAUGGAUGAAGAAACGAAGAAAAGAAUCACUGUGAAGGCGGAGGAAAUUGCUAAAAAUUUAAAAAAUUCGGAUAUCCGGGCUGAAAGCGACCUACGAGAUAACUAUUCGCCGGGAUGGAAAUUCAAUCACUGGGAAUUGAAAGGCGUUCCAAUAAGACUUGAAAUUGGACCAAUGGAUCUAGCAAAAUCUCAGGUUACUGUUGUCAUCCGUUUCAAUAGGCAGAAAUUAGCCAUUCCGAUUGACAGUGUGUCACCCAGAUGUUCCGAGUUACUAGAAAAAAUACACAACGACAUGUAUUCCAGUAUGGAAAAGAUACGUGACGAGCGUAGAAAAAUAACAGCGGAAUGGGGUAAGUUUAAAGAAUUGCUGGAACAGAAAUGUUCUAUUUUGGCGCCGUUCUGUGGACUUCCCGAAUGUGAAGAUGCAAUCAAAAAAGACAGCAGCAGCGAAGAGGGUGCAGAUCCAGGCGCUCCGGGAAUGGGAGCAAAAACAUUGUGCAUCCCAUUAAAACAGGUCUGCCUUUAA